CACUUCACAAAAUAAAAAAUAAAAAUCUCAACUUUCAAGUGCCCAAGAGAAAUUGAACGCCAUAGCUGAAUCCAACAGCAUUCACAGUAGUGUGCAAGAAACCCCAUUGCAGAAAGAUCACAAAUUUCAGUUUUUUGAGCUAUCAGAUUGGUGUUCUUAAUCUUGCUGCUUUUGCAAGAAAUCAAGAAGUUCAGAUAAUCUUGGGUCAAUUUCAUUAGUGAGUAAUUUAAGGGGCAGUGUUAGAUUCAAGAAUCUUUAAGGUCUGAUUCCAGUGCUUCUGUCAUUUCCCACUGAGAGAAUAAAUGUGGUGGGAAAAGUUGAAUUCGAAACUCUAUUCAGUUGCUACCCCUUUUCACCCCUUUGGUGGGGCUGUUGAUAUAAUUGUUGUUAAGCAUCAAGAUGGGACUUUCCGGAGCACGCCGUGGUAUGUUCAGUUUGGUAAAUUUCAGGGUGUUCUCAAAGGCUCCGAGAAGGUUGUUCGGAUAAGCGUCAAUGGGGUUGAGGCGAAUUUCCAUAUGUAUCUUGAUAAUUCAGGGGAGGCUUAUUUUGUAAAAGAGGUGGAUGAUGAUGAUGUUGAUAAAGAAGUCAAGUCAAAUGGGGUUGUGGAUGAUGCUCCUAACUCUGAAUUUGCCCGUGAAGACGGAGAUGUUGAAAUUGAUGGCAUAGAUAAUAGUCAUCUGAAUAUGGAUGAUACUCAUGGUUAUAGACUUGACCUUAGCAUAUCUGAUGCUGAUAGAGAAUUUUAUGAAGUCCAAGAUGGUCCAUCCUCUUUUGAAGGUUCAGCUGAGUUGUCGGAAUGUGGGUCUGGUCGAUAUGAGAAUUUUGUGGACUUGCCGGGUUCCCAUUCGAAGGUGGUAUUGGUUAGAGUUGGUGGUCAAAUAUUGAUGGCCCCUAUCUCAGAAUCAGAGCGGAAUGAGGAGAAUUUGCAGUUAGAUCCUCAAUUUCAUCUGGGCCCAGGUGAAGCUACUGACUUCUAUGAAAGCAAUGAGGUGUUAAGUUCUGGUGAAAAUGCUUGGGCUGCUGAUUAUGCCAGUCAGCUAGAUGCUUCAUCAGCUGAUGAUCUAUCCGGUAGUUGUAACACUAACAUCGAUAAUAAUACUUCUGAGAUCCUGCUUGAAGUUUGCCAAAGAGAGGAGGAACAUAAUUGUCACACAGAGGAAACCUUGGUGGUUAAAAAUCAAGAUUUUCAUUUGCCAACUGAUUCAGAAGAGGAUGCUUCUUGUAUGAAGAGGGAGAAUGUCUUUCAAAGUUGUAUGGAGCUGCAUGAACUUGCUCAGCAGGCUGGAAAUGCUGAUUCUCAAGAUGCAGACUCCUCAUUGGAGAUUCAAAAUUUAGCUGAGGAAUCUAAUGAAAGUUGUUCAACUGUUGAUAAUAAUGAACAAGAGAACAUCAAACAAUCUAGUAACUUUGACAAGUUAUCUCCCGUUAGUGAGCCUAUUUCCGUGGAGGGCACUCAUUCUGGUGCUAUUGAUACUGAAUGGAAUGAUGAACAUAUUGGCAAGUCAGAGUCAAAUGAUAGUGUAGAUGAUAGUCAACAAACCCCUUCAUUUGAAACUGCAAGUAGGAAAAGCGAGGUAAUUGAACCUCAUGCAGCAACAUCCGAAGAGAGGGACCAGCCUCAUUCUGGAUUGAGAUUUGAUGUCUCACUUUGUGGUCAUGAACUAAAGGCGGGUAUGGGUUUGGUUGCUGCUGCUGAAGUGUUUGAAGCACAUCAGAUAUCUGCAGAGCAAUUUAGAAGUUCUGCCCCAUCUAUAAUUAAGAAUGAAAAUCUUGUUGUGAAAUUCAAAGAAAGGUAUCUGCUGUGGGAAAAGGCCGCGCCUCUUGUUCUUGGAAUGGCUGUAUUUGGUUUAGACUUGCCUGUUGAGCCCAAAGAUACAAUUCCUGUGGAACAGGAUGAUGCACCAAAGUCCAGGGAUGUUGAUACUGGACCAGCUUUGUCUGGACGCAGAUGGAGACUCUGGCCUAUUCCUUUUCGAAGAGUCAAGACAAUUGAGCGUAGUUCAUCGACUGACGAAAUAUUUCUAGAUUCUGAGUGUGAAUUGCAAACUUCGGUUGUGGAGUCAACUUCAACUUCUGGCAGGCAAGAGUCUCCUCGCAAGCGAUUUGUAAAAACAAAUGUUCCCUUGAAUGAGAUGAUAGCAUCCAUGAAUCUCAAAGACGGUCAAAAUUCAGUAACAUUCAGUUUCUCUACGAGGGUUCUUGGAAAACAACAGGUUGAUGCUCAUAUAUACUUGUGGAAGUGGAAUGCAAAAAUUGUAAUUUCAGAUGUGGAUGGAACUAUUACCAAAUCUGAUGUUUUGGGGCAGUUCAUGCCUUUAGUUGGCAAAGAUUGGUCACAGUCUGGAGUAGCAAGGCUUUUCUCAGCUAUUAAGGAGAAUGGAUACCAGCUAAUGUUUUUGAGUGCACGUGCUAUUGUCCAGGCUUAUCUAACCAGGAACUUCUUGCUUAACCUGAAACAGGACGGAAAAGCCUUACCAAAUGGGCCUGUAGUUAUUUCACCUGAUGGCUUAUUUCCCUCACUUUACCGAGAAAUAAUAAGAAGAGCACCUCAUGAGUUCAAGAUUGCAUGCCUGGAGGAUAUCAGAAGACUUUUCCCUUCUGAUUACAAUCCAUUCUAUGCUGGGUUUGGCAAUAGAGACACUGAUGAACUUAGUUACAAGAAGAUAGGAAUCCCCGAGGGCAAAAUAUUUAUUAUUAACCCUAAGGGUGAGGUUGCAACAAGCCAUUGUAAUUAUGCAAAAUCUUACACAUCAUUACACACUCUCGUGGAUGACAUGUUUCCAGCUACUUUGAUUGAGAAGGAGGACUUCAACCCGUGGAACUAUUGGAGAUUGCCUUUACCAGAUGUAGAUGAUGAUUAGUUUAGUGCUUAAAGAUAGUUAAUUCUUUGAUUGGAAUAGGACCACCCAAGAUGUUAAUAUCAUCUUGCUUUCCUUAGAGAUUCUUCACUUUGGUGGUUAUGUUCUUGCUUUUCUUCUUUGUACAACAUUUGUACACAAUCUCGAUUGAUGAUAAUCUUGGGGGUCAUGAGACAGACUCAUGUCCCAACAUUUGUACAAUAUAUACCCACCUUAAGUUCAACAUUACAUGUCAAGAAAUAAAAGUUUAGCACCUUCUUAAAACAAAA